AUGACGUCACGCAAUCCAGCGGCGCUGGCGGCGCUGGCGGCGGGCUGCGACGCCUGGAGCGUCCACCUGUACAACGUGACCGACGCCAGCGUCGAGGAGGGCGACGCGCACGGCCGCCUCGGAAUCAUCUUCCCCGGCACCAAGUGGUGUGGCUCUGGCAACGUGGCGUCCGACUACGACGACCUGGGCCAGUUCGCCGACACGGACGCCUGCUGCCGCGCUCACGACUCCUGCCCUGACGUCAUCGAGGCGGGCCAGAUGGCGCACGGGCUCACCAACAAGGCCUUCUACACGAGGCUGGAGUGCACUUGCGACGAGAAAUUCUACGACUGCCUGAAGGCGGUGGACUCCCCCGUCAGCUUCCAGGUGGGCGUGGCCUACUUCAACCUGCUCAACACACAGUGCUACCGCAAGGACUACCCCAUCGUCGAGUGCAGGCGCUACUCCACAAUAAUCCGCUCCAGGUGUCUGGAAUAUCAGCUGGAUGAGUCUGCGAUGCCUAAGUAUCAAUGGUUCGACGUACCUUUGUACUGAAGAUGGGUAAUAAAAUCAAUACCAG